AUGUCAUACACCUGGCUCAUCACCGGCGCUUCAUCUGGACUCGGAGCCGCAAUUGCUCUCGCAGCAUUGAACGCUGGACACAGUGUAGUUGCUGGUGCUCGCAACCCCAUCAAGGCCUCGAAUUCGAAUCCUGAAAUUCAACAAAAAGGUGGAAUAUGGCUCAAGCUUGACGUGUCUACUCCAGAGGCUGAGCUUGCAGUUGCCAAGGCUGCGAGAGAGCAUGGCGUCAAUGUCUUGGUCAAUAAUGCAGGCUAUGCUCUGCGAGGAGCAUUGGAAGACUUCAGUGAGACUGAGAUUCAUGAUCAAAUGGAGACCAACUUCUUCGGACCUCUUCGCACCAUCAAAGGGGCACUUCCACACUUCCGUGAGCAGAAAGCGGGCACGAUCGUCAACAUCAGCAGCACUUCCGGCAUGACUGGAUUUCCUGGCUUCUCGCUAUACGCUGCCAGCAAGUUCGCCCUUGAAGGUGCCUCAGAAGCCUUGUACGGAGAGCUUGCUCCCUUUGGCAUCCGUGUUCUUGUCAUCCAGCCAGGAGCGUUUCGUACGAACUUUCAAGGCGCUGGGGCAGGCCCAAACCUCUCCAAUUCAUACGUGGGCACCACCGUCGACGCCGUUCUGCAGAGAGUCAUUGGCAAUGGUGGCAAAGAGCGAGGAGAUCCUGUGCGAGCUGCAAAUGCAAUCGUCGAAGCUGUGACGUACCAUGGAGACGGUGAAGCGACUCGUGACCUUUUGAGACUUCCUCUCGGCGAAGAUGCCCUUGCCCGGGCCAAGGCAAAGGUCGAUGAUUUCUCGAACAAUGUGGACAAAGUGAAGCACAUCGCUCAAAGUGCAGUGUAUCCCGAGUAG